CCUCAGACUCGGCUUCCACGGCCGGGAUCGGCCCGCAGAGGAGGUGGAGGGCCGGAGGCAGGGCCGGGUCUGGCGGGGCGGCCGGAGCCCACCCGAAGUCCGCUCUGGGAAGAGGUCAAGAGGGCUCCUCCCAUGAGCCUCCGCUGGGCAGGGGUGGCCCGAGGCAGGCCUUCCAGGCCUUCUGGAGCCCCCUGGAAGCCCCUCCCCACAGGUGACCUCACAAUCCCCCCCCUGCUGGGCCGCUGGGGGAAGGGGGCAGAGCAAGCGAGGGCAGGGGCCCUAGGCGGGGGGGGUGGAGGGGGCAGGAGCCCGGAGUGCCGCCCCAGCCAUGGCUACCUCGGACCCCGUGCGCCUGCUGCAGGAGGAGGUGACGUGCGCCGUGUGCCUGGACUACCUGCACGAGCCCGUCACCAUCGACUGCGGCCAUAACUUCUGCCGCGCCUGCAUCACCCGCUGCUGGGACGAGAUGGGUCGGCGCUUCCCCUGCCCCCAGUGCCGGGCCCGCUCGCCCAAGCGCAAGCUGCGGCCCAACUGCCAGCUGGCCAACGUGGCCAUGGCCGCCAAGCGCCUGCGGUCCAACGCCAGCGAGGACGCGGCGCCCGGCCCGGGCACCAGCGUGAGCAAGAGCCAGGAGGCCAAGGAGGCCAAGGAGGCCAAGGAGGCCAAGGAGCCGGACGACGACACCACCCUGAGUCUGGCCGAGGACGAGGCACCGAAGGCCCCGGAGGAAGAGGCCCAGGAAGCCCAGGAGGCCCAGGCCGAGUGGGACAGACCUCCCAAGGCAGCGGGGGAGCCCGAGACAGUGAGCGUGGAAAACAAGCCGGAGGAAGAGGCUCCGCCAGGGGAGGCCGAGACCGGGGAGGGCCAGGACGGAGGGCCCCAGAAGGGGGCCGCGGAGGCUGAGGAGGCCCAGGACAGCAUGGCCGAGGCCCGCUCGGAGGAGCUGGCCAGGAGCCCCAAUGAGACCGCGGAGGUUCCGGAGAGCAUGACGGAGGAGACCCCGGAGGAGCCUCCCAGCACCAAAGCGGCCAAGGACCCUCACGCGGACGAAGACACCAGCCAGGACCUGGGGGCGGGGAGCAGCCUGACCACCAGCCCGGCGGACUCUGGGCAGUGGGCCGAGCCGAGGCCCGGAAGGAGCCUGCCCCAGAGCCCCUGCCCCCUGCACCCGGGAGAGGAACUCUGGCUCUUCUGUCGCUGGGACGGGGCCACUCUGUGCCCGGCCUGCCGCCCCGAGAUGGCCCACUACGGCCACGACCUCGUGGUGUUGGCCGAGGAGGGCCGGGCCACCCGCGCUCGGCUGAGGGGGGCUCUGGGCAGGCUGCGGGCCCAGCGGAAGGCCCUGGAGAACGCGGGGGCCCAGCAGGAGCACCAAGUGGCCCACUUGGGGGAAGAGGCCGCCAUCCGGCGCCAGCACCUGGGGGACGAGUUCGAGGGUCUGCGCCACUUCCUGAGCAAGGCCGAGCAGGACCUGCUGGGCUCACUGGCGGCUGCCGAGCGCCAGGCUCAGGCCGCCCGCAGGGCCCGCGGAGCCCGUCUCUCGGCCAAUGCCCGCCGCCUGGACCGCCUCCUCCUGGAGGCCUCCGCCUGGCUCCACCUGCCCAGCACCCGCCUGCUAGGGGACAGCAGCGUCCAGGAGGGACUUCAGAGGCUCGAGGCUGAGGCCCGCAAGAGCCUGGGGGCCAGGGUAGGUCCUGGGGAGGGCCUAGGAGGGGCGGGCCGGGCCCAGGCGGUGCUCAAGGCCGCAGCCCGGGCCUUCCGCGAGCGCCUGGCGGAGGAACUAGAACGGGACGACCCCCCCGUGCGCUUCGACAUCAACUCGGCCGCCCUGGGCCUGGAAGUGACCGAGGGAGGCCGGACGGUGAGGCUGGGCCACCGGCCCAGCUCCCAGCCGCCCGACCUCUGCCCCUGCAUCCUGGGCGACAAGGCCUGGCAGCAGGGCUCCCACUACUGGGAGGUGGACGUGAGCCAGUCCAGGGCCUGGGCCGUGGGUGUGGCCUGCGAGGGCGACCCCAGACCCCAGCCCAACAAGGGGCUCUGGGUCCUGCAGCUGAGCCGUGGCCAGCUGUGGACCCCCGAAGUGACCCUGGCCAUCCGGCCCCAGCCCCAGCGUCUGGCCGUGUUCCUGGAGAUGGAGGCCGGCCUGCUGGCCUUCUCCGACGCCCAGAGUGGGGCCCCCGUGCACAGCUACCAGGGGACUGACUGGGGCCAAGAAGCCACUCUCAGGCCCUGCUUCUGGCUCUGGGACCUCGGAGGGAGUCUGCGCCUGAGUCCCUGAUCCCAACGAGCCUGGGACACACAGACCAGAUAAAGGAAUGGAGACCGCCA